AUGGAGGAAGAGCCAAGGAGCAAAUCUAAGAUCUGUGCCAAUGUUUUCUGUGGAGCUGGGCGUGAGUGUGCAGUGACAGAGAAGGGAGAGCCAACCUGCCUCUGCAUUGAGAAAUGCAAACCUCACAAGAGGCCUGUGUGCGGGAGCAAUGGCAAGACGUACCUGAACCACUGUGAGCUGCACCGUGACGCCUGCCUCACCGGCUCCAAGAUCCAGGUGGAUUACGAUGGCCACUGCAAAGAGAAGAAGUCUGAGAAUCCAGCUGCAAGUCCAGUUGUCUGCUACCAGUCGGACAGGGACGAGCUUCGUCGCCGGGUCAUCCAGUGGCUGGAAGCUGAGAUUAUCCCAGAUGGGUGGUUCUCCAAGGGCAGUAACUACAGUGAAGUCCUGGACAAAUAUUUCAAGAGCUUUGAUGAUGGUGAUUCUCGCUUGGACUCCACUGAAUUCCUGAAAUUUGUGGAGCAGAAUGAGACUGCCAUCAACAUCACCACCUACAUGGACCAGGAGACAAACAAGUUGCUCAGGGGACUCUGCGUAGAUGCCCUCAUCGAGCUGUCAGAUGAAAAUGCUGACUGGAAGCUCAGCUUCAAUGAAUUUCUCAAGUGCCUCAGCCCAUCCUUCAACCCACCUGAGAAAAAGUGUGCCCUGGAAGAUGAGACCUAUGAGGACGGAGCAGAGACCGAGGUGGAGUGCAACCGCUGCGUCUGUGCCUGUGGAAACUGGGUGUGCACCGCAAUGACGUGCGAGGGGAGGAAUGAAAAGGUGCCUGCUCAGAGACACCGACCUGAUCAAGAUUUGACUGAGGAGGAGAUGGCCAGAUAUGUUGAAGAACUGCAGAAGCAUCAGGAGACGGCUGAGAAGACCAAGAGAAUGAGCACCAAGGAGAUGUAAGGGGGCUCCACAGAGGAGGAGCCCAGGAGGACGGGCCCAACCUGCCACCCUGUCCUCCAGUGCUGAUCUCAGUAUGCACAAGUGUCUGCUACAGUUGCCCAGUCACAGAUAUUUACAUGUAUAGCGAUGGGUUAUUUGUUUUGUAAUACACAAAGAAUGGGGCCAGGAAAGGGGAGCAGAGCCCACCUGUUCAGGGAGCUUCAUUGCUGGGACCUUGGAAGGCUGGGGGGGACUUAGAGCAGUUUCUGGGACCCUUUCCCAGAGCAGACCACUGCUCCCUCCAAGAACUAACAGGGAUUUCUCGUUCCCCUGGAUUUGGGGAAAGGAUGGAGGUCAAUGCUGGAUAGAAAAGGGGGUCUUCAGUCAAUACAAUUGUCAGCACCAGCCUUGGCUGCAGAAAUACAGGCCUGGCAGUUUUGUGGCUGAACACGUGUGCUGCAGGGCAUCAUUAUCCAAGGACUUUACCCUUUGCUUCGAGUUCCUCAAAGCUGGUCUGCCUGGUGUGACACCUGGGAGACGUGGUGCCAUGCUGCUGGCAUGAGUCCAGCACAUUCCUCCUUGCUUUCCACCAGACUGUCCCCAGCAGCUCCUCCAGUACAUUGUGGGCUCCAACACAACAUGGUUCCUUUUGACCUCAUCUCACUCUUACUCUCCCUGCCCCCUCCUUAGAGGUGCUAUCGUAUUUUUUUCUUAUCACAUUCACAUGCUGACUCCCCCUUUAUUUUUUUUGUUUUGUUUUGUUUUGGGUUUUUUAUUAUUUUAUUUCCUAUGGUAGUGAUUCAGCUUUUGUAUGUUUUGUAGCUCUAGAUCUUUCAAAAAAACCCAGCGUGUGGGUUUUUGUUGUUGACAGUGCUGUAAUGCCCAUGCACAGUUUGUAUCGCACUGCACUCAGCCGCCACAAACACCACAGGCGAAUUGUGAGCCUUGCACUACAGGGUAUUUCCCAGCUGGGGAUAGCAGUGUCCCUCGUGGGAAGAAGAGACAGGGCUGGAUGUAAUUAAUUUCACCAGACACAGAUUGCCACUGCAGCUCUCUAGCUCUCACUCCCUUAGCUAGCAUUGACCAUGUGCUCAAAGUCUGUGCUCGUGUCUCUCUAAAUUGCUCAAAGCUGUCUAGAGACAGAGGGACCAGGCAAUCCCAUUAGUACAUUAUCUUAAAAAGCUUAACUAUGUAGAAAACUGUUUAGUUGUUGUAGCUGUUGGCAUCAUCUUGGGCUUUUCAUCUUCCUCUGGGGUGAGGCAGCAGCAUUAUUCUUUGAUUCCAGGUCUGAAUUUGGAGCCAAGGCUGGAAGCCUCAUUACUGACGCAUUCCUCAGUGUCAUUGAUCAGACCACCUUUGACCACUCUCACAUUCCUUCAUGGGCCAGUUUCAUCCCACACAUUUCUCAGAGCACUGGUCCUAGAUAUAAAUGAAAUGCUGUUUUUUUGAUAGUCACCUCUGUAGCCUGAAGCCCAGCUGAUUUUCUCAUGCAGUUGUCAAAUGUACUUCAUGUACCCCUGAAUAUCCAUGUUCCCUUCAUGCCUGUGCUGUGCUUCCCAAGCAGUUGCAUGUGCCCUGAUUGAUUGCUUGUGACUUCCAUCUUUCUGUUUGUGAGCAACUUCAGCAGUUGUUGCUGCAUAUCUUGCAGUCCCUAUUGCUUACUCAAGCAAAAUUCCACUUGCAUCUGCAAAAGUGUGUCCGGUUUGAGUGACGAUCAGUG